AUGGAUUUCUUCUGGAGCGCACCUCCCGUGGCCAGGACACUCACUGCGGCAACCCUCAUUGAGUCUGUGUUGGUCUACGGCCAGGUGCUAGGAGGUGGACGGAUCGUCUAUCUUCCCAAAAGGAUCUUUUUGAAGUUCCCUCCAGAGCUUUGGCGGAUCGCCAGCGGCUUCUGUCUCACUGGCCCAGAUCUGCAGUGUCUCUUCGACCUGUACAAUCUAUGGCGCUACAGCAGUGCCCUUGAGCUCGAGUCGGUUCGCUUCCCCAGGCCUGGAGAUUUCUUCAUCUACGUCCUCUUCGUAAGCAUUGUCAUCCAGCUCACGGCAGGCUUGUAUUUUGGAUUCGUCUCCUUCCUCCCCGCUUUGAUCAUGGCUCUUAUUUGGACCUAUGCCCAAGAGAAGCGCGGUACUAAAGUCACAUUCUUCGUGAUCACCAUUCCCGUCAUGUACUUGCCCGCGACGAUGCUGUGUUUCACCUUGAUUCGUGGCGGAUGGCCCGGAGUCCUUCUCGAGUGUACCGGUAUCCUUGCCGCCCAUCUUUACGACUUCCUUACUCGCAUCUACCCGACAUACGGAGGUGGCAGGAACUUCAUUUCCACGCCACUCUUCGUUCAGCGCUUCUUUUACAAGCACACUCCAAAUGUUGGCUCUCGUGGCUACGGCACGGCCUACCAGGCACCCCCCUCGUCCGUCUCGCAAGGCCGUACUUCUGGCUUCAACGCUGGCUCGCGCUGGGGUAGCUGGGGCUCCGGACGAAGACUCGGGUGA